GCUUAACCGGUUCUUUUUUGUUAACCGGAGCGGAAACCUCCCUAGGUUUUUUUUUAAUUUAUAAUAUUAACCGGACCGAACAAACAGAUUGAUAAGGUCGGUCUCUGUCGGAGUGAAGAAGCAAUUCUGUUUUCUAACAAUGGCUUCUUGUGUUGUGACGACCAGCAGUUUCUGUACUGUUUCAGAUUCUAGUAUUCGUUUGAAAUCCUCCAAGCUUGUCCAUCUGCAGAGAAGACGCUCUCUUGGGUCACGUGGUGGUUUAAAGGUUGAAGCUUACUAUGGUCUCAAGACCCCUCCUUAUCCUCUUGAUGCUUUGGAACCGUAUAUGAGUCAAAGAACACUAGAAGUGCAUUGGGGUAAACACCACCGAGGCUACGUGGACAAUCUAAACAAACAGUUAGGGAAAGAUGAUAAACUCUAUGGAUACACCAUGGAAGAGCUUAUCAAGGCCACAUACAACAACGGGAAUCCUUUGCCUGAGUUCAACAACGCUGCUCAGGUCUAUAACCAUGAUUUCUUCUGGGAGUCGAUGCAACCUGGUGGUGGAGACAUGCCUCAAAAGGGUGUUCUUGAGCAGAUUGAGAAAGAUUUUGGGUCAUUUACGAAUUUCAGAGAGAAGUUCACUAAUGCUGCUCUUACUCAGUUUGGUUCUGGCUGGGUUUGGCUUGUUUUGAAGAGGGAAGAGAGAAGACUUGAAGUGGUGAAAACCUCAAACGCCAUUAACCCACUAGUGUGGGACGAUAUUGUAUGUGAGAGAGUCUCAUUAAUUUUUUCUUGUUAUAAAGUGAUGUUUCCUCUUGAUCACAUGUAUUUUUGUUGUUGUUGUUUACAGCCAAUCAUCAGCUUGGAUGUGUGGGAGCACUCUUAUUACAUAGACUACAAGAACGAGAGGGGAAAGUACAUAAACACGUUUCUGAACCAUUUGGUGUCGUGGAACGCUGCAAUGAGUAGGAUGGCACGUGCUGAGGCGUUUGUGAAUCUUGGUGAACCCAACAUCCCAAUUGCCUAAGCUCAAAAAAAGAAGAGUUACUCUUUCUCGAGAGUCCAUAUCCUUACAAAGCUUAGGCAGAGUCUAAUUUUUGCAACAGAGGUUCCAAACAAGAAGCAAGUACUUUCUCAUGUGACCGAUCUUUUUAGCUCAUGUAACUGAGAGUCUAAUAUGCCAGUGUUAUUUCCUUAGACAACCAAGUUAAAAUAGCUACACUUGUCACCAUCUCUUAUAUGAUAUGUGCUGCACGUGACCGAGAGUAGUUUCUUCUCCUUCCUUGGUCUUCUUUUUA